GUGUGUGUGUGUGUGUGUGUCUCAGAUGAUGUGCUGGAGGAGCUGGAGGGGGGGGUUCAGGAGCUCCAGUCAGUGAAGAUGGAGAACGAGCCGCUGGUCCUCACACAAGCAUCACACGAGAGCUCCAGCACGUCCACAGAGAGCCCCAGCGCCGCUCCAGGCGUGCUGAAGCGCAGACGCUCGUGUUGUGCCGGGCUGCACAGUCAGUAUCAGGGCUUUCUGGAGAGACUGCAGCAGACGCAGAACGCCUGGCUGGAGCAGCAGCUGGAGCAGAGUCACGUCCGAGAGGAGCGUCUGGUGGCCCAGGUGCUGGCAGAACACACACGCUCCAUGGAGGCGUUGGUCAACCAGCUGUUCGCAGGCCUGAGGAGCCUCCUGCCCCCGUCCUGUCCCCAUCCCCAUCCCCAGACAUCAGCCCUGCAGAACAGCACUCCUGAAUCCUGAAUCACACACACCAGACUCACACUCUUCAUCCUGAUGCUUUCUCAGAGAACACAUUCAGUAGUCCUGGACUGAUAUGGUAAAGGUAGUGAUAACUAGAGAUGGGCUUAUCGAUCCUAAAGUAUCACAAUAUAGCGAUAUUGAUGCAAAUAUUGGAAGUAUCGAUUUUCAAAUGUUUUAUUUACCAGUUACUUUGUUUUGGUUUAACUAUAGUAUUUGUAGAUUUCCACUACAGUAAAUUAUACAGCACUAUAGUAAACCUGUUUUAACCGUGUGUAACAGGGAUGGGGCGAUAUGGACAAAUACAUCACGAUAAUUUCUGGUAUUUAUUGUGAUUAAUGAUAUCAGUGAUGAUAAUUCAGGGCAUUAUAUGCAUCCAUGACAAAAAUAACAAAACAAUCCUGUUUCUUUAGAAAAAAAGAAUAUUCUUUUCUAUUUUUACCUAAAAAAUUGUGUUGUUAUGGAGUACACGCUUAAUGUGAUUAGGAUAGAGUAUUGUUAUAAUUUUAUCAAUUCUGAUUCAGAAUCUGCUUAUCGAUUACAAUUCUUUACUGUCCCCAGUUUCAAUUCCAGUGUGAUUAAAUAAUGAUAUCAAACAUU